AUGCUGAGCUCUGAGCUGUCAGGAGGGACCUCCAGGAGCCUGCUGACCACCCUGGCCUCUGUUUGCCCCUGGGAGAGCACAGCCAGGGAGCAGCCACCAGAGAAACCCCAACCCAGGAGCCCAGUGCUGCCCAAAGCUCCUUCCAAGAGGUCCCAGAGCAGGGAGAGCCUCAAGGCUGAGGUCUGCCCUUGGGAGGCUCCAGGGGCUGGAGCUGGUGGGAAAGCAGAGGUCUGCCCCUGGGAGGCUGCAGAGGUGGAAUCCACUCAGAAAGCAGAGAUCUGCCCCUGGGAGAGCACAGCCAGGGAGCAGCCACCAGAGAAACCUCAACCCAGGAGCCCAACACUGCCCAAAGCUCCUUCCAAGAGGUCCCAGAGCAGGGAGAGCCUCAAGGCUGAGGUCUGCCCCUGGGAGAGCACAGACAGGGAGCAGUCCCCACCACAACCUCCUGCCAGGAGCCCAACACUGCCCAAAGCUCCUUCCAAGAAGUCCCAGAGUGGAGACAGCCUCAAGGCUGAGGUCUGCCCCUGGGAGGCUGCAGGGGCUGGAGCUGGUGGGAAAGCAGAGGUCUGCCCCUGGGAGGUGGCUGCUCCAGCACCAGCUAAAGAGAAACCAAGGCAGGCCCAGGCUGCUCUGUCCAUGGUGAGCAGAAGCUCCUGGAGAGGCAAAGGUGUCCAGGGAGAGACUGGAGGCAGCACAGCUGGGAGGAAGGAGGCAGCAAGCAGUGGCCCUGAGUCCAUCUGCCCCUGGGAGAGCACAGACACAGAGAGCUCCUCCCCAGGGCAUGGGACGAGGAGCACAGAGCUGCUGGGAGCCUCCAGCAGGAAAGCAGAGAGCAGGGAGAGCCUCAAGGCUGAGGUCUGCCCCUGGGAGGCUGCAGAGGUGGAAUCCACUCAGAAAGCAGAGGUCUGCCCCUGGGAGAGCACAGCCAGGGAGCAGCCACCAGAGAAAUCCCAACCCAGGAGCCCAGUGCUGCCCAAAGCUCCUUCCAAGAGGUCCCAGAGUGGAGACAGCCUCAAGGCUGAGGUCUGCCCUUGGGAGGCUCCAGGGGCUGGAGCUGGUGGGAAAGCAGAGGUCUGUCCCUGGGAGGCUGCAGAGGUGGAAUCCACUCAGAAAGCAGAGGUCUGCCCCUGGGAGAGCACAGAUGUGAAGCAGCCACCAGAGAAACCCCAACCCAGGAGCCCAACACUGCCCAAAGCUGCUUCCAAGAGGUCCCAGAGCAGGGAGAGCCUCAAGGCUGAGGUCUGCCCCUGGGAGAGCACAGCCAGGGAGCAGUCCCCACCACAACCUUCUGCCAGGAGCCCAACACUGCCCAAAGCUGCUUCCAAGAAGUGCCAGAGUGGAGACAGCCUCAAGGCUGAGGUCUGUCCCUGGGAGGCUGCAGAGGCUGGAGCUGGUGGGAAAGCAGAGGUCUGCCCCUGGGAGAGCACAGAUGUGAAGCAGCCACCAGAGAAACCUCAACCCAGGAGCCCAGUGCUGCCCAAAGCUGCUUCCAAGAAGUCCCAGAGCAGGGAGAGCCUCAAGGCUGAGGUCUGCCCCUGGGAGAGCACAGAUGUGAAGCAGCCACCAGAGAAACCCCAACCCAGGAGCCCAGUGCUGCCCAAAGUUCCUUCCAAGAGGUCCCAGAGUGGAGACAGCCUCAAGGCUGAGGUCUGUCCCUGGGAGGCUGCAGAGGUGGAAUCCACUCAGAAAGCAGAGAUCUGCCCCUGGGAGAGCACAGAUGUGAAGCAGCCACCAGAGAAACCCCAACCCAGGAGCCCAACACUGCCCAAAGCUCCUUCCAAGAGGUCCCAGAGCAGGGAGAGCCUCAAGGCUGAGGUCUGCCCCUGGGAGGCUCCAGGGGCUGGAGCUGGUGGGGAAGCCAGCUUCUCACUGACUGAAGGCCACUCCUGA